AUGAUAGCACGGCAUAAAGAAUUGAGGGAGAAAAUUAGACAGUUAGCCUCGCUGUACGAUAUUGGUUCGGCCGAAUGCAUCUAUGAGGACCAGGAGCAAGACCCAACAGGAUCGCUGCGGAUUGGGGACAUACGAUUGGCAACCGGGAAGUUAGAAGAUGAUCCCGCCCAAGUACAGGACGAUCUCCUCGAAAUCAAUCUGGGGACGGAUGAAUCGCCUAAACCCAUAUACAUCAACGCAGGACUGGAAAAAGGAUUCAAAGAGCAACUGAUCGCCCUACUCACUGAGUUCCGCGACUGUUUUGCCUGGUCGUACGAGGAAAUGCCGGGCCUGGAUCCUGACAUCGCCGAACAUAAGCUUCCAUUAAAGAGUGGGUUUCGGCCAUUUCGGCAACCUCCCCGGCGAAUGUCCAGGGAAGUGGAUACUCUCAUACAAGAUGAGAUUAAGCGGCUGGAAGAUGCCAAGUUUAUUCGGGAAGCCCAAUACACCGAAUGGCUCUCUAACAUCGUGCCGGUGAUGAAGAAAAACGGGAAGCUACGAGUAUGUGUAGACUUUCGGAACCUCAACCUGGCUACACCUAAGGACGAAUACCCGAUGCCUGUGGCCGAUAUGCUGAUAGACAGGGCAGCAGGACACACGAUACUCAGUUUCCUUGAUGCACAUUCCGGGUACAACCAAGUUCCAAUCAGCAAAGAAGACAUCUCCAAAACGGCUUUUAGAUGCCCCGGGCCGAUCGGAGCGUACGAAUGGGUCGUGAUGCCCUUUGGCUUGAAAAACGCAGGGGCAACAUAUCAGAGGGCGAUGAACAAGAUGUUCAGAGGCCUUGAAUGCCUUGAGGUCUACAUCGACGAUGUCGUAAUCAAGUCAAAUACCGGCGAAGUUCAUUUGGCCGAUCUCCGGAAAGGUUUCGAGCGUAUACGACGUAAUGGCUGGAGUGUUUUGCUAAGAGGAAAAGAGACCGACGAGUGGAUAUGGACGGACGAGCAACAGCGGGUUUUCGACGAUUUGAAAGGUUACUUGGCAAAACCUCCUGUUAUGACCCCUCCAAAGCCGAACAAGCCAUUGUUGCUAUACCUAUCGGCUGCACACGAGUCCCUAGGAUGUAUGCUCGCCCAAGAGGACGAUGGGGUCGAAAGAGCACUGCGAUACUAUAUGUUGCCGGUCGUUGUGUAUGUAUUAUCCCAGACCGAUAUCAUCAAGUAUAUCUUAUCGAAGCCAUACCUGAGGAAUCGGAUUGGAAAAUGGGCGAUUGCAAUGUCCGAGUUUACACUGGUGUACGUUCCUCAAAGAGCAGUAAAAGGACAAGUGUUGGCAGACUUCUUGGCCGAUCACCCUGGUAUUACCCUCAUGGAAGAGACACCUGGUCGAGUAGACAUCACGUCCUUCGACAUCGCCGUGUGGAAGAUGUGGUUCGACGGAUCCAGGACAAGCCAGGGGGCAGGCGCGGGAGUACACAUCGUUACGCCCUUGGGGGCAUCCUACCAGUUGUCAUUCAGACUCCAAUUUGAAUGUACCAACAAUCAAGCGGAAUAUGAGGCCCUCAUAUUCGGUUUCGAGAUCUUAGCCGAGCUAGGGGCGAAGGCGAUUAGUGUAAAAGGAGAUUCUUUGCUAGUCAUUAAACAAGUGACAGGAGAAUUCAAAUGCGAGUCCGAGCUGUUGGUGAGGUAUUGCAACAAGGCGAAACACCUGAUCGAAGGCUUUCAGGAUACAAGGAUAGAAUACACAGAGAGGGCCGAUAACGGCGUUGCAAACGACCUAGCUCAGCACGGUAGUGGUUACAAGGUAAACCAAGAGUUCGACGCUAUAGAGAGGGAAACACCGAACCUCCACACCGGGGGCAUCACAAUCGACGAAAGACAAUUCUCGGUUUACCAGCUGGACGUCACCCAAGAUUGGAGGGACGAGCUCCUGAAGUGGUUCGAAAAACCAGACGCCACGAAUAGGAGGUUGAGGACUUUAGCCCUUAGUUACGUGGUCUUAGCGGGCGAAUUAUAUAAGAAGGGUUUUGAAGGGCUACUCUUCAGAUGCAUCGGUCCAAGAGAGGCAAUGCUUGCUAUGGCCGAAGUGCACGAAGGUAUAGCAGGCGCCCACCAGGCGGGCCCCAGAAUGAGGUGGCUCAUCCAUAAAUACGGUUUUUAUUGGCCGAAAAUGGAACAAGACUGCAUAAGAUAUGCCAAAGGUUGCGAAGCCUGUCAGAAAUUCGGCCCAGUACAACACGUCCCGGCCGAAGACCUGCACUCCAUCAUCAAGCCGUGGCCAUUCAGAGGAUGGGCGGUCGACUUGAUAGGGAAAGUAUACCCCGGCUCGACUGAUGGUCAUACUUUUGUGAUUAUCGCCACCUGUUACUUCACCAAGUGGGUCGAAGCUAAACCUUUGAAAUCGCCGACACAAGAAGCGAUAAAAAUGUUGCACUCAACACCGUACUACGCCCAGGCCAACGGGCAAGCCGAAGCCACGAACAAAGCCAUCAAGCUCAUAGUUCAAAAGAUGAUUGAAGAAAACCCAAGGCAAUGGCAUGUGCUUUUAUCAGAAGCUGUUUGGGCGAAUAGAACCAGUCAGAAGUCAGCCACUGGGACCUCGCCUUUCAGGCUGGUUUAUGGUUACGAUGCGAUGUUGCCAAUGGAGCUGACCGUCACGUCCACUCGCCGCAGAUACCAGAGCGAGUUGUCCAAAGAGGACUACUUUGACAAGAUGGUGAUAGAUUCUCUUGACCUUGACGAAGAACGUUUGACGGCGUUGGACCACUUAGAAGCCCAGAAAAGAAGGGUCGAGAGAGCUUACAACAAACGGGUAAAACGAAAAGUAUUUACGGUGGGCGACAUAGUAUGGAAAGCAGUCUUGCCUAUCGGCCAUAAAGACACUCGGCUUGGCAAAUGGAGCCCGAACUGGGAAGGCCCCUUUAUUGUGGUCAACAAGUUAGACGGCGGUGCUUACUUGCUGGCAAACAUUGAUGGAGAAGAACACGAAAGGGCGAUCAACGGCCAAUUCCUGAAAAAAUACGUCCCUAGCUGUUGGGAGGGCGUAGACCGUCGGUUGUUUGGAGCCACCGAAGAAUAA